AUGGUCCGGGUGGAGGCCCGGAAAAAUCAAAGGAUGCGAGACGGAGGCAUCCACGCUGUUCAAGAAAAGCCUUCACCUAUGGCUGAAGAGCCUAUCCCCUGGGAAGAGGUACAACUGUAUGCUGAGUUACUCGAGAGUCUGACCCGAGUGGCAAACGACCUUCCUUCUCCCCUCAAGGAAGAGUUAGUUCAAUGUUUAAUUCAUAACCGGGACGUCUUCGCCUGGUCUACAGAGGAGUUACCCGGGGUCAGGCCAGAGGAUGAAGAUUGUACCCGAGCUUUUGAGGAGCUGAAGAAGUACUUGGAGACUUUGCCAUCUCUAUUUAAGCCAGUUGUUGGAGAACCCUUGUGGGUUUACCUAUCUGCCACCCCUGAGGCCAUAGGGGCUGUGCUUGUUAAAGAGCAUGACAAUGUACAACGGCCAGUGUAUUUCUUCAUUCAUCUAUUAAAAGGGGCCGAGUCUCGAUAUACGACCCUCGAGAAGUUGGUUUAUGGAUUGGUCCUUAUGGCUCGGCGGUUGAGACCUUACUUUUUGGCGCAUCCUAUUAUAGUGUUGACCAAUAGCUCUAUGGGGAGAGCCCUGACUAAUGUAGAAGUUGUAGGCCGGCUUAUCAAGUGGGCGACGGAGCUGGGGGAAUAUGAUAUACAAUAUCAACCGCGCACAGCCAUUAAGGCACAGGCUUUAGCGGAUUUCCUAACAGAGAUUCAUCAGACCAACUCUGAAGAAACUUGGAAGAUAUAUGUGGAUGGAUCGGCGAAUCACCAGGAAAGUGGGGUCGGGGUCUUGAUGAUAUCCUCCCAAGGAGAUAUACUCCAAUUGGCGGUUCGAUUGAAUUUCCGAGCCACCAACAAUGAGGCAGAAUACGAGGCUUUAUUGGCAGGACUACAAGCAGCCCGACACGUAGGGGCAGCUCGGGUAAUCAUUUAUUCAUAUUCCCAGAUAGUGACUCAGCAAAUAGUUGGCAACUUUAUGUUAAAUGGCGACAAAUUACAAGUGUAUCGAGAAGCUUAUGAGAAAAUGAGAGAAGAAUUCACAGAGGUCACGGUAACUAAGAUCCCCAGGUUGGAGAAUGAGAGGGCAGAUGAGCUAGCAAAGAUGGCCAGUUCCUUAACCACUUGGGUGUUAGAUCGGUCAAUGACACAAACUUUCUUAAUAGCUCAGAUAGAUCUGCAAAACAAUAGAGAAGCAGCUAUUGAUUGGCAGGCGCCCAUGAUCAACUAUCUCAGGCAGAGUAUCUUACCGACCGAUCCGGAAGAAUCACGGCUGAUCAGGAAGCAAGCUCAUGCUUAUGUCAUGAUCAGAGAUCAGCUCUACAAGAGGUCCUUCUCUCCACCCUUACUCAAAUGUUUGGGUAUAGAGGAGGCCGACCAGGCCUUGCGAGAAAUACAUCUGGGAUGCUGUGGCAAUCAUAAACAUCAAAAUUUAACACAUCGACCUAUAGCUCUGCUAAGGACGUCUAUUGUCUCUUGUCCUUUUGAUCAAUGGGGAAUGGAUAUUGUGGGACCAUUUCCGAUGGCGCCAAAUCAAAGACGUUUAUUAUUGGUGGCGGUAGACUAUAUCUCUAAGUGGGUGGAAGCAGAGGCCCUGGCCAGGAUCACAGAAGAUGCUGUCAUACAAUUUCUAUGGAAGAACAUCCUUUGCAGAUUUGGUAUUCCUCAUAAAUUGGUGUCAGAACAAUGGAAGACCGAGGUGGUUAACAGAGAAAUAGUACGAGGUCUGAAGAUUAAGCUGGAUCAUGUGGGAGGCAAUUGGGUGGAGGAGCUGUCAAGCAUUCUGUGGGCUUAUCGUAUAACACCAAGAGAAAGUACAGGUCUGAUAACAUUCCACCUGGUUUAUGGCAAUGAAGCAGUUGUACCCAUAGAAAUAGGAGUACCAUCAGUCAGAAGGACCUUAUACGAUGAAGGAAACACUGAGCGGUGGUUAGUUGAGCUGGAUCUUAUUAGCGAAACCCGUGACAAAACGGCGGCUCGGCUGGAGGCUUAUCAACAAAGAAUGAGGCAAAAUUAUAACAGAAGAGUGAUUCCUCGAUUAUUUGGGGAAGGAGAUCUAGUCUGGAAGCAAAUCAAGCCCGUGGGAGAUGUAACCAAGCUAGUACCGCAGUGGGACGGGCCUUACAAGGUCAUCAAGAAGUUAUUGUCCGGGGCUUAUUACUUACAAGAUGAACGAGGCAAGAAGCUAGACCGACCCUGGAGCGCUAAUUACAUGCAACCUUAUCGAGUCUAA